ACGUAACCGGAAGUGCAUUUACGUACACAAAAAGUUUGCGCGAAAAUUUCUGUUGCAGAUGUUUGUACGCUCUACUACUUGUUUAUUCAUAUGUCAGGUUACCUCUAAAUUUCCUGUCAAAACAUCCAAGAUAUCGCAAACAUGGACGAAUAUGAUGAAAUGUACGGGAUUGAAGAUGAUUUUGAACAACAGUUUGCGGAUGAAUUGGAAGUCAUGGCUGAAAUGGAACGCGAACAUCCUUCAAGUGCAAAAGUUUCUGAGCUCCGCAAUAAGAAGCAGAUUUCACAGACGUUUGAGGAAGCCAUUGUAUCCGGUGAUGUGCCAUUGAGAAAAUCAGAAAAUAAACAGUGUCCUGAGAGCAUCUCACCUCUGGUAUGUGAGGAGGAGGAGGAAUCUCUGACUCCUAAACCUAAGAAAAGGAGACAAGAUGUGGCAAAAAAGCUGGAGUUUGGUGUUGAAAAUGGUGAUGACAUUACCCCUCCAUCUUCCCCAGAGGUUUACGACAGACCAGCAAGAGAUGGGCCUGGAUUUUCUCUGUCGUUGAGUCCAGAUAGACCAGCAGCCACAAAAAUAACAACCAGUGUGUUAGAUAUUAGUGGACUUGGUUCAUUGCAGGAGUCACCGAAGCGGGUUACCGCAGCAAGACGCCAUGCCCAGAAAAGACCCCCUGCAAUCGGAGAUUACAUAACUGUCACAGACUCCAUGGGAAACAGAGUCUACCUGAACAAGAAAGAGGAUGAGGAGAAGGCACCGGACCCUAGAGCCUUCCGUAACUCGCUGAAUGGACUAGGACUGUUAGCGGUUCCCAUAGAAGUGUUGAAAGAACAAAUUGCAGAGAGACGCCAUCGGCAAGUGUUGGAGGAGUCCCAAAGAUUGACAGAGCUCAUGAAUAGUGGUGUAGAUUCAGAGCUUCUUGCAAAAGAGCAGGCAGACUCGGGUGUGGAUGGUGAUAGUGGGGAAGAUGAAGGCUCGUCCUCGCGGCUGUGGGUGGAUCAGUUCUCGCCACAGCACUACACUGAUCUACUCAGUGAUGAUUUUACUAAUCGCUGUCUGCUGAAGUGGCUGAAGCUCUGGGACACUGUGGUCUUUGGGCGAGAGAGGAAACCCCGUUCGGCCCCUGCAGACGUCAGAUCGAAUUUCACGAAUGCUCAAAACCAGAACCAGUCCCAGCGCUUCAAAACCAAGUCACAAAUAACAGAAGAGAUACUAGAGGCUGAGCUCGACCAGUACAAAAGACCUAAAUUUAAGGUGGCACUGUUAUCAGGUCCUCCUGGACUGGGGAAAACCACACUAGCACACAUUAUCGCAAAGCAUGCUGGUUACAAUGUAGUAGAAAUCAACGCUAGCGAUGACCGCAGUGCAGAGCUCUUCCAGAAACGUAUUGAUACCGCAACACAGAUGAAGUCAGUCCUGGGAGCCAAUGAAAAGCCCAACUGCCUUAUUAUAGAUGAAAUUGAUGGAGCUCCUGCUGCUGCCAUUAAUAUCUUAUUGGCGACAUUGAACCGGAAGGAUAGCAGAGAAGGAGAGGAGUCAGGUGUUAAUGCCUUGAAAAAGAAAAAGAAGCAGCAAUCUUUGCUUCUUAGACCAAUCAUCUGCAUCUGCAAUGACCUGUAUGUUCCAGCUCUGAGGCCGCUGAGACAGCAAGCUUUCCUAUUGGCCUUUCCCCAGACUCUGCCCUCGCGCUUAGCUCAAAGACUAGCAGAGAUCACAAGGCGGCAGGGUAUGAAAGCAGAUACUGGCACUCUGAUGGCCUUGUGUGAGAAAACUGACAAUGACAUCCGUGCUUGCAUCAACACAUUACAGUUUUUACACCGUCGUGGACAGAAGCACUUAGAUCAGCGCAGUGUCAAUUCAGUCUCUGUGGGAUUGAAAGACCAAAACAAGGGACUUUUCACAGUUUGGCAGGAAAUCUUUCAGCUUCCUCGACUGAAAAGGAAGCGGAUUGGUAGAGAUCCUUUUGGUGGUUUUGAUGAGGCGGGACCUAAAGAUGGCACACAAAGGCUUCAGCACAUCUUACAUUUGGUCUCAUCUAAUGGAGAGCAUGAGAAACUCACACAGGGUCUGUACGAUAACUUCCUCAGCAUGAAGCUGAAGGACCCUGGGAUGUUGGGUGUGUGCGCAGGUCUUGACUGGAUGUGUUUCUCUGACCUGUUGAAUGAGUGUGUGUUACACGGACAGAACUAUUCGCUCAUGCGCUACUUCCCUUUCCUGCCCGCUGCCUUCCACCACCUAUAUGCCGCAAACUCGGUCCCACGCAUCAAUUAUCCACACAGUCACUACGAGGCUUUCACUAAAUGUCAGCACACCAAGAACGCCCUGCUUGCCAUGUUGAAUGAGAUCCCACCCGCUGUACAGAGCCGCAUUUCUAUGAGCAGUCUCUGUUUGGACAUCCUCAGCCUUCUCCUGGAGCUCAUCUCCCCCAAACUGCGGCCAGUCAACCCUCAGCUUUACAGCACAAGGGAGAAGCAGCAGCUCUAUGAUUUGAUUGACACCAUGAUCAACUAUAACCUGACCUAUAGACAGGACCGCACACCAGAGGGACAGUACACUUAUGUGCUGGAGCCCAAUGUAGAAGAUGUGGUGCAUUUUCCGGGUUUGCCUCCCCGGAGGCAGUUAACCUAUCAGGUCAAGCAGCUGAUUGCCAGGGAGACAGAUCUGGAGAGGAUGAGGAGGGUGGAGAAAGCCCAGCAGAAACGAAACCCACACAAAACAGAGGCAGUUAAUAAGGUGCCAGAGGAGAAGAAAACACAAGUGAAGAAACAAACAAGCAGGAACCAUCAGCAGAGGCUGGAGAACAUCGUUAAACAGACUGUGGUGGAAAGCAGGCCUGAAUUGGAUUUCUUUGGACGAGCCAUUGCACCCAAGGAGAAGCCUGUGGUCACCUCUACAGGUGAAGAUGGCAAAGUAGCUGGAGUGGUGCAUAUCGGUAAAGCUGUGGGUAACAGUGACGUAUGGUUUCGUUUCAAUGAAGGUGUGUCUAACGCAGUGCGCAGAAACGUUUACAUUCGAGAGUUACUUUAAAGUUGAGAGGCUGAAGCCCAUGUUAAUUUACCACCUUAAAUCAAUACAUGAAAAAUCUAAAAUGUUCUGAACCUUGUACUGUAAAGUUAAAAACACAAGCAUCUACAAUGUGUGAAAAAGAAAAAGCACUGGUU